GGCUUCUGAUAUCUGGCGUCAAGUGGCCCGAGACGAGAGAGUACUAUACCGGUGGAGGCAGGACCCGGCAGUUUGGACGCGGUGGCCUCUUCGCUCUCGCUUGAAGGGGACUGGUCGGCUUGGACUUCGAGAUGAACCUCCGAGCGUUGUCCUGCUGGUUGGCCGUGGCUGUGUGCGCGACCUCCACGGGCGUCGCGGGCGGGGUGGGCGCCGUCGUCGAGGACUUGCCCCCUCCAGAGAAGUCCUACAGAAUCCUCAUGCUCCUCCCGAUAUCCUGCAGCAGCGACGUGGAGGUCUUCAUGUCCUAUGCAGAGGCUUUGGCUUAUCGCGGCCACAGGAUAGUGAUGCUGGUCAACCAACCACCGGAAAGGAAAAAUUACAACGUUUUUCAGCUGUUUCACGAACUCGACCACUUUCGCCAUGAUCAGCUGGACGCGUUCGAAUCCCCUGAUGGCGUCUUAGACUUGGCUUCCCGCGAUAAACUUGUCUCCUUCACCAGGGAGUUCUAUAAGCAGCGUGAGGUGAAGACGCUCUAUCAGAUGAGGAAGAAAUUUGAUCUUAUCGUUGUUCAUCAGAUGUUGAGUGAGGUAGUUUAUCCAUUCCUUCACGAAAUGCCCUUUAUCACUUUCUCGACGUCUGGGAUCGACCCUCAGCAGAGUGCCACGCUCGGAAACGUUUUGAAUCCUGCCUUGGACACGGAGCCUCUUCUUCAGCCGCUCGACGCCCUGAAACGUUUCCAGAGAACGUUGGCGGACGGUCUCCGCCUCUGGUAUCGGAAGUACUGGACUGUGGUACCUGCUGUCCAAAAGGAGAUCGCGGCGCUGUUCCCACGCCUCCCUCCUCUCCUCGACCUCGAACGAAACCAGAGCCUCGCCCUCGUGAACUCCCACUUCAGCUUGGGUUCCUCGCUUCCACUUCUCCCCUCGCAGGUGGAAGUGGGGGGCAUCCACUGCAGACCCGGGCAGCCCCUUGAUGAGGACUGGGACUCGUGGAUCUCUGGCGCUGGAGAAGCCGGCGUGAUCUACCUCAGUCUGGGCUCCGUCGGGCGAGCGACUUCCCUGCCCUCCAAGUACCGCCAAGUAUUAACUCGGGCGCUUGGGAAGUUGGAGCAGCGGGUCGUCUGGAAGUACAAGGGCGAGGUGGAGGAGGACCUGCCGGACAAUGUGCUGGUCAGGGAGUGGGUUCCACAGCAAGAUAUACUGGGUGAGGGAGGCGGUGGCUCACCCACGUGUCAGAGCCUUCGCCAACCUCGGCGACUUCCUCAGUCUUCAGGAAGCCGUCUGUCUGUCACUCUAAAGCCCGUCCUCGCCCUUCCUAUUUCGACCCAGCAGACGAAGGGCGCGGCCGUCGUCAGGAACACCGGCCUGGGACUGUCCCUGGCGUGGGAGGAACUCACCGAAGACCUUCUGGUGAGGACGCUGAGAGAGGUGGUCGAGAACCCGAGAUACCAGAAAACGGCUUCUGAAACAGCCUCGGCACUGCACGACCGACUCCACACGCCCCUGGACCUCGCCGUGUUCUGGACCGAGUACGUGGUCCGGCAGGAGGGCGCCCCCAGGCUCAGGAGUCCCGCAGCCGCCCUCUCGUGGGUGGAAUUCCUCAUGCUCGAUGUCCUGGCCGCCCUACACCUGGCCCUCGUCCUCGCCUUCGUGGUGUUGAAGCGACUGGCACGGUUCAUUUCUCGCCUGCUGUGUGGAAGUGAGAAGCUGAAAACGGAAUAGACUUGCUUCGUCCCAUGAUGCGGUUAAUAAGGAGGAGGCUUUUAUAUACUUUGAUAAACCAGAUACGUCGAUAUAUUCCUCUUAAUGCCCGAUAACCGAAAGAUUGGGAGUGGGAGAUUACAAUAAGAUAGAAAGAUACAACCCAAGAUAAAGAGUGAUAGACAAGAUUCAUCUGUAAUCGUUAUUAUCUAUAAAUUCAUAAGUACUAUUCAAUC